AUGCCGGACACAAUUCUUCCGCAAGGUGCUGGGUAUGGCGUCGUUGUUGGAAUUGGUCUUUUCUUCAGCGCCUUUAUGAUCUUUCUGACGGCGAUUCAAGCCCGAUAUACCGCCUUUUCUCCUAAAAGUUCAGAAGAAUUCACGAGUGCUUCUCGAAGUGUCAAGCCUGGAUUGAUCGCAUCCGGAAUUGUGUCAGCAUGGACUUGGGCAGCUACGCUGCUUCAAAGUAGUGCGGUGGCGUACAAAUUCGGUAUCAGCGGACCUUGGUGGUAUGGUGCCGGUGCAACUGUGCAGAUUCUGCUCUUCGCUAUGCUCGCAGCUAAGCUGAAGCUUAACGCCCCUUACGCUCACACUUGGCUGGAGAUCGUGGGUGUCAGAUGGGGCAAAACAGCCCAUCUUGUCUUUAUGUUCUUCGGGCUCGCCACCAAUAUCAUCGUCAGCUCCAUGUUGAUUCUGGGUGGAUCAGCCACCGUAACAGAUUUGACUGGUAUGAACACCAUUGCGGCUUGUUUCUUGAUUCCUCUCGGUGUUGCCAUCUACGUUGUGGUAGGAGGCAUGCGAUCUACUCUUCUCUGUGACUACACUCACACCACCGUUCUCUUUGCGAUCAUCCUCACCUUUGUCUUCACCGUGUACUCUACAAGCAACAAGAUAGGGAGUCCCGCGAAGAUGCAUGAGCUGCUCACCGCCGCAUCUGCCGCUACCCCCAUCCCCGGAAACGCACACGGCUCAUAUAUAACUAUGAGAUCGAAGAACGGCCUCAUCUUCGGUGUCAUCAACAUCAUCGGCAACUUCGCCACUGUGUUCCAGGACCAGGCUUAUUGGCAGCGUGCCAUUGCCAGUCGUCCUGCGAGUACCGUCAAGGCCUAUCUUCUUGGUGGUCUAGCAUGGUUUGCUAUCCCCUUCACUUUUGCGACAACGCUUGGUUUGGCAGCCGUGGCUCUUCGUGGCGAUCCUGCCAUGAAAGUUCUUACCCCUGCCGAUGUUUCAGCGGGUCUUCCUGCUGCUGCUGCCGCCGCUGCGCUGCUCGGGAAAGCAGGAGCUGCUGCUAUCCUAGUUCUUCUCUUUUUGGCCGUCACAAGUGCUACCUCUGCUGAACUCAUUGCUGUGUCGUCAAUUUUGACCUAUGAUGUCUACAAGACCUACAUUAAUCCCAAUGCCACUGAGGAGCAGAUCCUCAAAGUCGGUCACGCAGCUGUAUGUGUUUGGUGUAAACCUUUUUCGUCGUCCACUGAAUUCUCUCAGGUUGCGCUGUACGCUGUUGUUUGUGGACUGGCGGGCCUUAUCUUCUUCUACAUUGGCGUUUCCAUGGGCUGGCUUUACACCUUUAUGGGGGUCAUCUUAGGCUCUGCAGUUGUGCCUAUCGCUCUUUGCAUUACGUGGAGCAAGGCCAAUAAGUGGGGUUGUAUUGGUGGCUCUAUCGCAGGGUUCGUUGCGGGAAUUGUGGCAUGGCUCGUCACCACGUCGACUCUCAACAAUGGCGUCAUUAACGUUGUUACGAGUGGAGGGGACUACGAGAUGCUGGCUGGCAAUUUGGCGUCAAUAGGUGUAGGAGCUAUUGUCGCUACCCUUUCGUCCCUUAUUUGGCCGGAUAAAUAUGACUGGGAGAGUACUCGGGCUAUCAAUAAGCCUGCACAGGCCACAUCAAAGCGUACCGAAGAGUUGAAGGCCGACAGUGACAGUGAGAAGAAGGAGCACGAGGUGGUUACCAAAGCUGGCUCUAUCGCAGGGGAAUCUUUCGACGCCGCUGAAGAGGCGGACGAGCUCGACCCCGUGGCGCUCAAUAAAGCCUUCAAAUUUGCGACUUACUCUUCAGUUGGUCUGUUCAUCGUCCUUAUCAUCCUCGUCCCUCUUCCUCUCUUCUUCUCCCAUUAUGUCUAUACCACCGCUGGCUUGACAGGUUGGGUUGCCGUUGGUAUUGCUUGGACCUUCUGUUCUGCCAUCACGGUUGUGAUCUAUCCUCUGUAUGAGAGUCGGCAUGCGAUACUCCUUAUUACGAAGGGUAUCUUCAAAGACCUUUUCGCUAGGGGAAGUGGCAAAUAUGUUGCUGACCCGGGGCCUACGUCGGCUGCGUGA